AUGGCCGGAUUUUUGUUUAAUAUCGACAACGGAUACUUGGAAGGCCUCUGUCGCGGUUUCAAAUCCAGCAUCUUGAAGCAGUCGGAUUAUUUGAAUUUGGUGCAGUGUGAAACACUCGAAGAUUUGAAACUCCAACUGCAAAGCACAGAUUAUGGCCCAUUCCUUGCUAACGAAACUUUCCCACUUACCGUGUCAACGAUCGAUGAAAGAUUGCGAGAAACACUUCUCGUUGAAUUCAGACACCUACGUAACCAAGCCGUUCAACCGUUAGCUGAGUUCCUGGACUUUAUCACAUACAGCUAUAUGAUCGAUAACACUAUCUUGCUUAUUAUGGGAACGAUGCAUGAGCGACCAGUGCCGGAUCUAAUUGCAAAGUGCAACCCACUCGGUCGUUUUGAACAGCUGGAAUCGAUCAAUAUGGCUCUGUCGCCAGACGAUCUCUACAAUGCGAUCCUGAUAGAUACUCCGAUAGCUCCGUUCUUCGUCAACUGUAUGUUUGGCCAGAAUAUGGAUGAUAUGAACAUAGAAAUUAUGCGCAACACGCUCUACAAAGCAUACUUAGAGGCAUUCUACGAUUUCUGCAAACAGAUGGGAGGAACAACGGCCAAUGUAAUGUGCGAAAUUUUAGCAUUCGAGGCGGAUCGCCGUGCAAUCAGUGUAACGCUCAAUGCACUCGGCACUACCCUACCCAAGGAGUCAUACGUUCGUCUUUAUCCAUGCUGUGGUCAUUUGUUUCCGGAUGGGUUGACGGCGCUGGGACGUGCGUCCGACUACGAGCAAGUACGAUCGAUUGCUUCGCGUUACCCCGAAUAUGGCGCUCUGUUCGAAGCCUCCAAUCAUCCGGAAGGGCGAUUGCUUGAAGAAAAGUUUUUCAUAUACGAAGCCAAACUGCAUGUGCGAAGUUUUUUGCAGCAAUUUCAUUUUGGUGUAUUCUAUUCGUAUGUAAAGCUAAAAGAGCAAGAGUUUCGUAAUAUUGUUUGGAUAGCUGAGUGUAUCGUACAAAACCAGCGCAGUCGCAUCGAAAACUAUAUUUCGUUGUUUUGA